AUGCUACAGGAAGAGAAUGAGCCUGAGAUGACUUCUCUCAAGAAAAAACUUGAAGUCCACAUGGCAAGGGAUGAGUUACUACAGAAGGAAAACCAGGAACUCAGAGAAGAAGUAGGCCGUUUAAAGUCACAGAUAAUUUCACUUAAAGCGCACAACUUGGAGAGGAAAUCCGUUCUAUGGAAGAAGAUACAGAAAUCCAUUGAUGACAACAAGAAUUCAGAACCACAUCAACUGAAAGCACCACCAGUUCAGGUAAUCACAUCUGAUAAGAUUUCAGAAAGUGUAGAUAUACAUGCAAAUCGAGAUUUCCAAGACUCAGCACCUAGAAAAGACAAACCAGCAAUAGUUCCAGCUCCUCCACCAAGACCUUCUGCCACCCUCCUUCUUCCUUUGCAUAAAAAAGAGAAAGGACUUAAAGUGCAGCCAACAAUAGCACCACCACCACCUCCUACACCACCAAAAUUAUCACUAGUUGGGCUAAAAGCGGUGCGCCGUGUGCCGGAAGUAAUAGAAUUGUAUCGUUCCCUUACACGAAAGGAUGCUAACAUGGAAAACAAAAUACAUUCCAAUGGGAUUCCCACAGUAGCUUUCAGCAGAAACAUGAUUGAGGAAAUUGAAAACCGCUCAACUUAUCUCUCAGCUAUAAAAUCAGAAGUUCAAAGACAAGGGGAGUUCAUCAGUUUCUUAAUUAAGGAAGUAGAGUCUGCCUCAUUUGCAGACGUUUCUGAGGUGGAAGAAUUUGUGAAAUGGCUAGAUGGGGAACUAUCUUCAUUGGUGGAUGAGAGGUCGGUGCUAAAACAUUUUCCUCAGUGGCCAGAACAAAAAGUAGAUGCACUCAGGGAAGCAGCUUGUAACUACAGAGAUCUGAAGAACCUUGAAUCUGAAGUUUCAUCCUAUGAGGACAAUCCCAAAGAGCCAUUGGCUCAGACUUUGAGAAAGAUACAAGCACUGCAAGACAGGUUGGAGAGAAGUGUGAGUGCUAAAGAGAGGAUGAGGGAGAGUAUUAGCAAGCGAUACAGAAAUUUCCAUAUCCCUUGGGAGUGGAUGUUGGACUCAGGCAUUAUUGGUCAGAUGAAGAUGAGUUCAUUGAGACUGGCAAAGGAAUUCAUGAAACGGAUAACCAAAGAAUUGGAGUCAAAUGAACUUUUGCAGGAAGAUAACCUCUUUGUACAAGGAGUUAAGUUUGCAUUCAGAGUACACCAGUUUGCAGGUGGCUUUGAUCCGGAGACCAUACAAGCAUUUCAAGAAUUGAAGAAGACUGGUUGUGCUAUUCCAAGCUAUGAUAAUCUGAUUAAAUGCCCCAAACAUGUUAAAACUUGCCACAAACCUGUAUCUUAA